AUGGGAAAUCAUAAGAAGAAAAAAACGACUCAAAAGAAGAAGGGUCAAAGUCUAGCACAGAGGAUGAAGAUGGUGUUUGUAGGAAGUUUUCAAGAAGCAUUCAAGAAAAAAAAGAAUGGAAAGAAGGGUCAAGAACGAAAGCGGAAUCAAUUUGAAUUCGGCAUUCGAUUGUUGUCACUGAUAGUUUCAUACCUUUAUUUUCAUCUUUUCAAGAGGAAGAAGGAGGUUAGCUUUGAGGAGUUUAGGAAUAAGCUUUUGGAACCAGGAUUAGUUGACCAUAUUGUUGUCUCCAACAAACAAUUUGCCAAAAUAUAUGUCAGGAGGAACAACGGUGCUUCAAAAGCAAGAUAUGAAUAUUUUUUCAAUAUUGGAAGUGUUGAUUCUUUUGAGAGGAAGUUAGAGAAAGCACAAGAAGGACUAGGCAUUCAACAUCAUGAUUUUGUACGUGUUACGUAUUCUUCCGAAACUGACUGGUUGUUCUCAUUGUUUAUCUUAUUAUCUGGAAUCCUGAUGAUUUUUGGAGCUGUCAGUAAUAAUGGAAUUGGAAAACAACAUGUUACUAAAGUCGACAAAGAUGCCGAAAACAAGGUCUAUUUUAAAGAUGUUGCUGGCUGUGAUGAGGCAAAGCAAGAAGUUAUGGAGUUUGUGCACUUCCUUAAGAAUCCGAAGAAAUACGAAGAACUUGGUGCGAAAAUUCCAAAAGGUGCUCUUCUUGUGGGUCCUCCAGGUACAGGAAAAACCCUUUUAGCAAAAGCAACUGCUGGGGAGUCCGAUGUGCCGUUUCUUUCUAUAUCUGGUUCUGAUUUCUUGGAAGUAUAUGUCGGUGUUGGAGCAUCUAGGGUUAGACAGUUGUUUAAGGAAGCAAGGAAGCGUGCUCCUAGUAUAGUAUUUAUCGAUGAAAUUGAUGCAAUUGGUCGGGCAAGGAGUAGUAGAGGCGGAGGUGCUGCAAAUGAUGAGCGUGAAAGUACUUUAAAUCAAUUGUUGGUGGAGAUGGAUGGUUUUGGACCUACUGCUGGAGUUGUCGUGCUCGCAGGUACAAAUAGACCUGAUGUAUUAGACAAAGCCUUACUUAGACCGGGGCGUUUUGACCGCCAAAUAACAAUUGAUAAACCCGACAUUAAGGGUCGUGACCAGAUAUUUCAGAUUUACUUGAAAAGGAUCAAACUUGACCAGGAGCCUUCAUAUUAUUCACAUAAGCUUGCAUCCCUUACUCCAGGAUUUGCUGGAGCGGACAUUGCUAACGUUUGCAAUGAAGCUGCUCUGAUAGCUGCAAGAACUGAAGAAGCACAUGUCACAGAGGAUCAUUUUGAGGCAGCUAUUGAUAGGAUCAUUGGUGGUUUGGAGAAGAAGAACAAGGUAAUAAGCAAGAAGGAUAGACGUACCGUUGCUUACCAUGAAGCGGGCCAUGUUGUUGCGGGUUGGUUCUUGGAACAUACUGAGCCAUUGUUGAAAGUAACUAUUGUUCCUCGUGGAACAGCGGCUCUUGGGUUUGCCCAGUUUGUUCCAAAUGACGACCAUCUCAUGACAAAGGAGCAGCUUUUCGAUAGGACUUGUAUGACCCUUGGUGGUCGGGCUGCCGAGCAGGUUCUAAUUGGGAGAAUCUCUACAGGAGCACAAAAUGACUUGGAGAAAGUCACCAAGAUGACAUAUGCUCAAGUAACCGUAUAUGGUUUCAGCGAAAAAGUUGGCCUUCUCUCUUUCCCUUCAAUUGAGGACUCUUUUGAGACGUCCAAACCAUACAGCAGCGAAACUAGUGCGAUCAUUGAUAACGAAGUGCGAGAUUGGGUGAAGAAAGCAUACAAACAUACCAUAGAGCUUAUAGAGGAAUACAAGGGGAAAGUAGCUGAAGUUGCAGAGUUGCUGCUCGAAAAAGAAGUACUUCACCAAGAUGAAUUGCUUAAAGUCUUGGGUGUGCGACUACCCUUCAAGAGUGCUGAACAUGAUAAUUAUGAUCAGAUUAAGCUAGGGAUUCAAGAUGAGGCGAAAGAUGUAGAAAUAAUUGUCGAUGGAGCCGAGGCGGGUGAUGUUUUUCGCUCUAGAACCUGAGAUCGUUCUUGUUCCCACAUAGUUGAUUAAAGGGAUUGGGGGUAUGAUCUUAGUUGAUGUAUUUUUAGU